AUGGGAGAUGCUCCGCCUCGCCAGUUUCUCAUCCAGAUGUCUGGAUACCCUGGCGCAGGGAAAUCAACAACCGCAGCAAAUUUAUCUCACAGAAUGCCUGCGCUGGUCGUCGACCACGAUGUCAUCAAGUCUGGCAUUCUCGAAAGCGGAUGCGACUGGGGGCUGGCGUCGAAACUCACCUACGGCGUCGGCAAGGCAAUGGCCGAGUACUACCUCCAAAAUGGCCACAGCGUCCUCCUCGACAGUGCCUGUUUCUAUCCGGAGAUUAUCAUCUCUGGAAAGGCUCUUGCUGAAAAGUACAAUGCUGAAUAUUGGUACGUCGAGUGCAAAGUGAACGACAAUGGCGCCCUUGAAAACAGGCUACAAAUACGAGUGUCGCAUAGAAGUCAGCGAACGAGUAUGAAUCAACUUCCGUCCGAUGCCGGUGACAAUGUUGUCAAAGGAGAUGCUCGCGCGCUUUUCAGUAAAGAGCCCGCUCGCCCAGAUCAAAAUUGCAUCGUUGUGGAUUCCUCGAGCACGGAAGAGACGGUGCAACACGAAGUCAUGAAGCGGAUUGGCCUUGAGGCUUGA